AUGGACCAAGGUGUAAUAAGAUGUUUAAAAUCUCAUUAUAGAAGAGUGCAAGUGUUAAAGUUAAUUCAAAACCUUGACAGUAACGACCAGAAAAGCUUUACGGUUCUUGAUGCCAUCUUGAUGAUAUCAGAAGCAUGGGAAAAAGUUUCACCAAAAACUAUCGCGAACUGCUUUAGACAUGCAGGUUUCAAACACCUCUUGACAAUAUCCUCAGAUGAUGUGACUGAUGAUGAUGAAGAGGACAAUAUUUCUUUGGCUCAAUUAGCCCAAAAUUUAAGACCUGCUUUAUCUACUACUGAAGCAGAGGAGUUUAUUGAUGUGGAUAACUCUAUUGCAAUUUGUGCACCAGCUACGGAAGAAGAUAUUGUACAAGAAGUUCAAGAGGAAAAUGACGAACAGGAAGAGACUGAAGAACAAUUUACAGUGCCAACUUUGAAUGAUGGUCUCAAUGCUGUCAAUGUAUUACGAAAAAUUGUUCUUUUUAAUGAACAGUUUCACAUGCAGGGAAAUUAUGACACUACUUUAAUUAAAAUUCAGCGUGAACUACAAACGUUGUUCCGCUCGCACACUGAAGCGCGUCUAGACAAACGCGACGUGAGGCGCGGCUGGCUGGCGCCGGCACCGGCAGGCCAGUCUGCGGCGCCGACCCGUCAGUUAGACACGCGCGUCGCACUCCGCUAA